CUGAUCACACUAUUUUGAACUGUCAAAUCAACUUUAUGGAACUUUGAAAUUGAUGUUCCGGUUUUUCGGAUUUCUUAUUUAAAUUGAGACCUGAGAUAAAACCUUCAAAAUGGUUGAAGCACAAAAGUACAGAAUUGAACAGGAAAUGACCAAAUUGAUCAAUGAAUUGGAUAGAACUUAUUUGAGAAAAAUGCAGGGUGAUAUGCAUAGAUGUGCAGCAAAAUGUUGCGAUGAUCCUCAAACAUCAUUAGAAAGAGUUCACGGAUGCAUAGAUAAUUGUACAACUUCAUUAAAUCAGGCUAAUGAGUAUGUACAGGGUGAAAUCAAUCACUUCCAAAACAGAUUACAGAGAUGUGUUAUGGACUGUAAUGAUGCAGCGAGGGAUAAACUAGGAGCUAAUCCAAGUCAAGAAACAGUUGACAAAUGCACUAUUAACUUUGAGAAAUGUGCUGUUAGAUGUGUAGACAAACACAUGGAUUUGCUUCCAAGUAUGAUGAAGACGAUGAAAUCAGUUUUAGCAAGUGGCAAACCACCACCAGUUCAGAAUAUCUAGGUCACAAGGGUUACAACUUCCACUGCCAUUGCAUACAGUGAAAUAUAGUGGAUUAUUUGACCGCAUUUAGUUUUGACAGGACUAUACAGUGCAGUUUGUGUAAAUGAUUUAAGAUAUUUUAGUUUAUAGGUUGGAUGUUACACAUAUUUUUAUAAUAAAUCAAUAUUGAUGUUUAA